AUGGAGUUAAGAACAAUUCCAAAGCCGGAGAAAUAUACUACAAAGUUUAUGAUCGAGUUUUUACCAAUUAAUACUAGUUUGAAAAAGCCGUUGGUUAAAGAUUUGUUUAUGGGUAUGAAGGCUUUUUUUAAAUGUUAUUAUACUGAUGAAAGUAAAUCUAGCCUUGAGAUCAGAGACAAGUGUUAUGUUAAGGAAAAAGGGGGAGAUGCCAAUAAUGCAGAUGAAAGUUCAGACAACGGUAAAAAUAAAACCGAGACAAAGGAUAAUUUUUUUGAUACCAUUAAAUAUAAAAGAACUGAUGUUAAUGAAUGUGUCGGUAUGAAUACAAAACUAUUAAAAGAACUAGAAAUUUCAGAAAUUUUAAUGUCGUCUUUAGGUACAUGUUCUAAAUCUCAAGAUUUUCCUCACGAAAUUGCUGCUGAUUUAGCUAUUGAAUUUCA